GAAAAGCAUUUAUGGUGUUAUUCUUUUACAUGUGAAUGGGUGAACGGUAUAACGGGAUUUUUAAUAUGUGGUACAGUGGGGAAGUAUAGUCUGGCACACAUUUCACAAUGGUUUGCAGAGUACCGGUACUGGUUUUGAUACAGAGGGCGCAGUGAUAAAUGAAUAUUGCUGGCGCCGUUAUUGCUAUAUUGCCGGUAGUGUGUCAUUAACAUGUUACGACCUAAGAAAUUAGUUAUCUAAUUUAAUGUGGACUCUCUAUCAUUGUGCAACUUGGCGUUCUUCAUUGCAACACUUCCUUGCAAGAGAUGAGAGAACAAUUUCCUGCAUCAGUACAGCAGUAAACCCCAGAUAUUUGGUUUAAUGGUCAGGUAUUUGAAUAAACCACCUAGCGCGAUUGACAUAAUGAGGUAAACAUACUAAAAAAAUCACUUGGUGGUGAAGAGCUGAUUACCUCUCAUGAAAUUCGCGUAAGUAGCGAGGAUAGAGUUGGCACAUGGUCUCGAGGGUUAAAAAACCCAGUAAUAGGAUUAACAGCUUCCAAAAUUGCGUUGAAAGUACAAUUUGAAGAUACUUGAAGGCCUACUGCUUUAGUUCACCUGCUAGAAAGGUUAGGGGCUACAGCCGUGUACCAUCGCAAUAACUAACCGCAGAUACAUUUGUCUUCGGUAGUCCGCAUUCGUAACCUCUCUUUCCCGAAUGCUGCUGAUGCUCAGAUGUACAUCAGAAGUUGUCAACACAGAAUUGAAAAUAUCUUUGGGUUUGUCAGAGAAUAGAGACUGAUAUUUGUUUACAAACAUGAGAAUGAAAGCCGAUAUACCGCAGAAAAUUUUGCGCCUGUCGCGAAAGUUUGCCACUAAUCCAAGACCAGUUGUCACUUUAGAACAAAGUGUGUCAGAAGCUAUUGAGAACAAAGAGAUUAAACCCCGACAUCAUCCAGGCAUUUUGAAGCUAGGUCCUGUGCAAUUACCAGAGCAAAUACAGAGGGCCGUACAAGUUGCAAUUCAAGAGCAUUCGUUGAAAACCCUAUGUGAGCAGGCAGAGGCGCUGAACAAUUACCUGAAAGGAAGACGACCACCUCCUGAUGCUGAAGAAAUUAAAUCCAAGACUGCAGUAGCUGAGAGCAUUGUGCAAAAUAAAUAUGGCAUUGAAAAUCCUCUAUUUGGUGUUGAAGAAAAGGAAUUCUUCAGAGAAAAAUACAAGGGACUGGUUCAAAAAGUGCUGAAACAACAUUUAUAUAAAUGGCAGUCCAUAGAGUAUGACAAAACAAAAUCACUUGUGUACUUGAUUGGAAGGUCAGCUGCAGAAUAUGCUGUUUUGUUCAGAAUAAUGAAAGAGAUAUCUAAAAGAGUUCCUGAAUUCCAACCAAAGUCACUAUUAGAUUUUGGAUCUGGUGUUGGGACAGCCAUUUGGGCUGUCAAUUCAGUCUGGAGAGAGACCAUGAAGGAAUAUUUUUGUGUGGAUUCCUCACGUGAUAUGAAUGAAAUUUCAAGUCUUAUUGUGAGAGAUGGAAAUGCUAACAAAGAUCUUCCAAAAGGGAUGUUUUAUCGACAGUUUCUGCCAGCCUCACAUACAAUAAAAUUUGAUAUUGUUAUCAGUGCCUACUCUUUACUGGAGUUGCCUUCAACAGAAGUAAGGUUGGAAACAGUCCGUAAUCUGUGGAGCAAGGCAUUAAGAUACAUUGUAUUUGUGGAACAAGGGACAAAUGCUGGCUUUCAGGUUGUAAAUGAAGCAAGGGAUUACAUAUUGCACCUUGCAGAAAAUGCAUCUGAAAGGCUUCCAAUGCCCAAGGCUCAUAUAUUUGCACCAUGCCCUCAUGAUCAUUCUUGUCCAAGAGCAUUUGAAGAUAAAACCCCGUGCAAUUUUGAAGUCACCUAUGAAAGUCUACCUAUUGGAAACCGAGGGAAGCUGAAAAAGGAGCUAUUUUCAUAUGUGGUUCUCGCAAAAGGCAGCAGGCAUAGUGAUGAUGCACAGUGGCCCAGAAUUGUAAGACCAACACUAGUAAGGUCAAGACACACGAUCUGUAGAAUGUGCACAGCAUCAGGAAAACUGACAGAAGUUAUUUUUACAGCCUCUAAACAUGGAAAAAUUGCAUACAGAUGUGCAAGAGCAAGCAAAUGGGGUGACUUAUUUCCUGUUAAUCUCAUGGAAAGUGAAAUGAAUAGGGAAGUGAAUGGUGAAAACUAAUUACAGUUAUUUUAGGAAUGAAACCUACUUACCUGUAAUGUUUUACACCAUAACUAGGUAGUGGUUGUGAUUGAUUGUAAAGAUUGCAAUAUAUUCACCUGUGUAUUACUGUCAUUCGUUAACAUCUCUCAUACUUUCCGAACAUGUAUACCAAUUUUGACAGUAAUGUGGAUAAAUAAUUGUUUGAUACAUUUUCUGUGUUCCAAGAAUAUGAGCUGCUUGACAAGUGUUUCUAAACAUUACAAAAUAGUAAUAAAUUUAUAGUCAGUGUCAUUUGUCAUGAACAAUCUCAGAUACACUCAUGGCACUGAUCCUUUUUAAAUUA